UCUGGGGUGAAAAACAUCACACAUGGGGUAGCUAGACACCUCAGAUCAGUGACAUUCCCCGACGGAAGUGGUAUGGGGAUAUUCUUUGCUAUCGGACUGCCCCUCAACAUCCCCAACAAAUCCAUGCAGACGUCCUUCUUCUUUGAAGCAAAUUAUGGCCUACCAGGGCCGAUGAAUUCCACCGAUUACUUGGACGAUUUACCUUUAAGAAAACGCAGCCUGGAUCGACGAAUAGCAUAUGAAAUUAUUGUAAACAAAUUAGAAAGUUUUGGGUUUUCUGGAGAGAAUUGUUUGUUAAAAAUGAUCUGUGAAGUUGCACACCAACCUUUCACUGAUAGUGGAGUGAUGGGUGACAUAUUGCGAAUUUUGUUCACACCAUCCUCUUCGCAAGAUGAACACCUUCCAAGCAGCAUCGUCGAGGCUGAGUACGCGGAAGACUGCAAUAACCAGUACAAAAAAUGUCCUCAAAGUCCAUUAGCUCUGAUAAGCCACCGCGAUCUCAGUAUCAUUAGUUAA